UUAAAGACGAAAAGAACCAGUUCAGUAAUCACCAAACAUACCCAUAUUGCCCCGGGUGUGUGGUCAAUCCUGCCUCCCCACAGUUGUGCUGCGAGGCGACGAGGGGACGGAGAUCCGAAGAACAGCUCAGAGGCGUAUGAUCGAAUCGGACGCAGGGACCAUUAUAAAAGAGAUGAAGGGUUUGCAUCCCGUCAGUGUCUGAGGCGACGCUGUGGUGGUGAUAGGCCAACUCUGCUGCUGUUUCUGCUGCUGGCACUACCAUUAUUUCGGAGGCAGCUGAAAUGGCGCAUGGCCGGAGACUGUAGAAAAUGCUUCGCUCAGAAAGACGAACAGAGAAUAAUUGGAAGAGAACUGUGGAAGAAGACCAGGAAAAGACAGGUGAUGUUCCUGAGCCGUGUGACGAGUCUAGAAAAGGUUCAGAACGUUAUUUACUUUAUCUUGUUUAUCUUUUUUUUUCUCUGAGCUACGGCGCAGCCACACCAAUGCCAUACGGGGUCUGGGAAUACGAGAGAGAGCGCUACCUAUCCCAAAAGUUGAAAGCAAAGGAGAGUAACGAAGACACCACCACCACCACCACUGUCAGUACCCCGAGCCCAGCCAGCCUUGUCAGAAUGGAGGAGAAGUGUGGGUGGGAGACAGGACCUAAUCGAGUGCAGCACGAGACAUUUCUCAAGGCUGUACUGGAUAUGCUCCUGGAGAAGGCCGUGUUUGAGGGAACAAAUCGGAAGAACAAGCUGGUGGAGUGGCAGGAACCGGAGGAGUUGAAGCAGAAGAUGAACCUGGCAGUGCGAGAGGAGGGAAUGACGCACGGGGAGCUGUUCGCCUUGAUGCAGCAGGUGGUCAAGUACAGCGUGAAGACUGGCCACCCUUACUUCAUCAAUCAGCUGUACUCAGGGCUGGACGUGUACGGGCUGGUAGGCCAAUGGGUGACAGACGCGCUGAACCCUUCCGUCUACACCUAUGAAGUGGCGCCUGUCUUCACUCUUAUGGAGAUUGAGGUGCUGUCCGCUAUGGCCUCGCUGGUGGGGUUCGAGCAGCACGACGGCCUGUUCUCACCGGGCGGUUCCAUCUCCAACAUGUAUGGGAUGCUGCUGGCGAGGUACCGCACAUUCCCCGAGAUCAAGAGCAAAGGUUGUAGUGAGCUGGGUCGUCUGGUGGCCCUUACAUCCAUAGACGCCCACUACUCCUUGAAGAAAGCUGCGAUGACCCUCGGCCUUGGUAGCGACAACCUCGUUCUUGUCAACACUGAUGCGGUGGGAAGGAUGGACGUGAAUCACUUGAAGCAUUGCAUUGAAGAGGAAAAGAAGAAGAAAUCCACCAUCAUCAUGGUGUGUGCAACUGCAGGCACAACAGUUUUAGGCGCGUAUGACCCCGUAGCGGCGAUUGCGGACGUGUGUGAGAAGGAAGGCAUUUGGCUUCACGUGGACGCUGCCUGGGGUGGCGGCGCUCUCAUCAGCCCAGCGCUCAGGCAUAAGAUCCGCGGAAUACACAGAGCGGACAGUGUGACGUGGAAUCCUCACAAGUUGCUGGUGGCACCUCAGCAGUGCUCCGUGUUCCUUACUCGACACCCGGGGCUCCUCAAGGCGUGCAACUCUGCCUCCGCUGCAUACCUGUUCCAGAAGGACAAGUUUUACAACACUUCUUACGACACUGGGGACCAGCACCUUCAAUGUGGGAGACGAGCUGACGUCCUCAAGUUCUGGGCAAUGUGGAAAGCUAAGGGCACGUCUGGGUUGGCGCAGCACAUGGAGCGAGUGUUUAGUUUGGCCGAGGAGUUCGCUGGGAUGGUGUCAAGGCGGGGUCGUGGGUGGCGGCUGCUGCAGAUUCCAGAGUGCACCAAUGUUUGCUUCUGGUACCUACCCCCAGCACUGCAUGAUGUCCCUGCCGCAGUGUUGCAGGGCACACUAACCACGCCCGCCGAUCAUCAGCACUUCAAGAGGGUGUCAGCGGUUGCGCCGCGCCUCAAGGAAAGAAUGGUGCGCGAGGGAAGGAUGAUGAUCACUUACCAGCCACUGCGAGGACGACCCAACUUUUUCCGCCUGGUUCUGCAAAGUUCACAGGUAACCUCACAUGACCUCGAGUACUUCAUCAACACCAUUGAAGAGCUGGCGCAGAAUUCUCAGGAGUGAUGUUGUGAUGUAAUAUGUACCAUGUAGUAACUUUUACGUAGAAAUUUUAGUAGUAGUGUACGGUCAUUGACUAACUCCCUUUUUUUGUGACCUUUUUUUUAACUAAGGCUUGAAGAGCGGGUACUAAAUUUGCAGGAGUGAUGUGAUGUAAUAUGUACGUAUCAGCCUUUUACGGUGAAAUCUUAGUAGUGGUCAUUGAUUUACUCCCUCGUUUUAAGCUUUUUUUUUUUUUUUUUCUGGUAGUUUCGUAGGGACUUGGCCUUCAUGGUCAUCUUAGCCUGACUAGUACGGUGUCAAACUUGUCGGGUUUACGUUUCCAUUAUAUUUUUGACAGGUUUGAUCCAGGGAAUGCCUCACGGUCCACUUAUCCCUUCCCUCUCAGAUAGUUUUUGCAGUUUCCAAGACAGGACAUUAGGACAUUAUGAUUUCCUGCAAACAGUUGUGCCCUAUAGGAACUUAGGCAGCGUCUGUUCUUAUGUAUACUCUUCAGUGGUCAUACUUACAGUGUCAUUUGUAUUCUUUAUAUUUUGUAGUCACUGAAAACAUUCUAACGCCGGGUGUAGGCCCGGCGGCUUUUUGGAGCUUCACUUAUUUUUUUGUUUCAAAGCAAAGAUAUUGAAGUACGUGGGCUUGAGGAGCUUCUUUAUUACAAGAGCAGGAUAUCUAGUGACUCUCUAUUACCUCAUGUAACUUAGAUUGUCCAGAGACAACAUAGAUAACCUAUAGUUGUAAAUAAUUGAUGUACAAUGUACUUGUAGCAACUGUAGUGAAUUUCACAUCGUUAAUCGUUUGACUGCUACUGAUACUGUGACGUGUUAUUUUAUUGAGUAACUCUUAGACUUUACUCACUGGGAUGAAAACUACUGGGUUUUGAUUCCAACUACUCAGGGCAUUCCCACUGCUGUCAAUGGUGGCUUUCGCAAUUAUACUCUAAAUUUGCAUUGCCACAUUUCAUCGAAUUUGACACGAAGCCAUAGCAGUCAAAGGGUUAAACGAGUAGUAGUAGUAGUGAUUAUACUGUAUAAUAGUAUCUGUAACAGUGCUAAAAUAUACAUUUCUUGUUGUAAAUGUCAUAGUAGCAGUUGUAUUGUUAUUAUCAUUAUUGUUGUUAUUGUUGUUGUUUCUUUUCUUAUUAUUUAUCUUUUAUUUUAUUUUUUAAUUUUUACUAUUCAUAUUCCUUUUAUUAUUAUCAUCAUUAAUAUUUUUAGUUUCGUCUUAGCUGCACUGGUUUUCUGUCACGGCUAAACAUUUCCUAGUUUCGAUAUCACAUUGUAUUACCACACCGUCAUGCUGCUGCUCUCUCUCUCUCUCUCUCUCUCUGCGGAUGUCCUUAAUUUGACAGCUCUGAUUCGUGUGUGUUUGUGUUUCAUGCAGUGAUUCGUACUACACACUAGCUAUUGCAUAACACGUAUUAUUCAUUAUACAUCAUAUUUCAAGUGCAUUACUGUUCAGUAAAAUAGACGGAGGACCUUUGAUGCUACGGCUUGGAACAGUGUUCCUCAGCCUGCCAUUCUAAUUGGGGAUUGGUUCUCAAAUAGUGAUAGAUGAAUGUAGUAAACUCAGUAAUCAAGUUGUUAGUGUUGAGUCAUUAGUCAGCUUCAAAAGAAGAGAUUACAUUAAUUAAUGUGUAAGGAUGAUAGGUGGAAAUGUUUCAUGAAUAGGCGGUAUGUUUCAUGAAGCCACUUCUACGGGUUGGCCUGAUGGCUUCUUGCAGCUUCCCUUAUGUUCUUAUGUUAUCAAGUUAUACCCAUGGCUUGAAAUACAACAUACCUCUCUUAUUGUUUUGAAGACACCACACUGUUUGCUACAACAUUGUUAAAUUAAACUGAAAAUAUAG